AUGGAAACGUUCACUCACUUUGUGACUCGUUUAAGUUCAACUCAGCUCCUUCUUAUCACACUCACUCUACUACUCUACACACCCACAUGGCCAUCUUUUGCUGCCGCCACCCAAACAGAGUUUCUCAGAGACUUCAAAGCCACUCCCCACCCUUCAAUCCAAACCUUCCAAUCUCUCCUCGCCGACCCAAAUGGCAAUUUCUCACUGGGUUUCCUCCGAGUCAACAAAACCCAACUCGCUCUCGCUCUCCUCCACGUGCCCUCCUCAGACCCGCUCUGGCUCGCCAACCCGGCCCAGCUUGCUCGCUGGUCCGACCGCACAACCCUCGUCUUCAAUGGCAGCCUCGUCCUCUCCGAUCCUCAGGGGAGGGUGUUCUGGUCAACUCACACCCAAGGCGACCGAGUUGUGCUCCUCAACACCUCCAACGUCCAAGUAAAAACCCAGAGCUCAGUUCUAUGGCAGAGCUUCGACUUUCCUACAAAUACCCUCGUCGAGAAUCAGAAUUUCACAUCGACCAUGUCCCUCGUCUCCUCCAAUGGGCUCUACUCAAUGCGAUUGGGGAGCAAAUUCAUGGGUUUGUACGCAAAGUUCAAAUCAGGCUCAAACUCAGACCAAAUUUACUGGAGACACAGAGCCAUGGAAGUCAAAGCUGAAAUAGUCGAAGGCAAAGGACCGAUUUACGCCCAAGUCAACUCGGACGGGUUCCUCGGAAUGUACCAAACUGGGAACUCAGCGCCGGUCGAUAUUCUACCCUUCAACACCUUCCACAGACCCGUCAAUGGCCUCCGCAAGGUCCGGUUAGAACCGGACGGAAACUUCAACGGGUUUUACUGGGACGGGUCCAAAUGGGUUCCGGAUUUCCAGGCGAUUUCUCUCCCCUGCGAGCUCCCCAGCCCCUGCGGUGCGUACGGUUUGUGCGGAGCGGGGAACGGGUCGUGCUCCUGUUUGGAUAACCGGACGGAGUUUCGAUCCGGUGAGUGUUUUCCGGUUCAGUACGGUGACUUCUGCAGCGGCGGAUUGGGCGAGAUCAGUAACUUCUGGGUUAUACGGAGGAGCGGUGUGGAGCUGCCGUACAAGGAGUUAAUGGGGUACCAAACGACGUCGUCGUACGGGGAGUGCGAGAGAGUAUGUGAGAGGAACUGCAGUUGCUGGGGCGCGGUGUACAAUAACGCAUCCGGGUUUUGUUACACCAUGGACUACCCGAUCCAAACCCUGGUGGGCGUUGGGGAUGAGAGCAAGAUGGGUUAUUUUAAGGUACGGGAGGGUGCAGGGAGGAAGAAAAUGAACGUGGGUUUUGGGGUGGGGAUUGGGGUGGUGUGUGGGGCCCUGGUGAUUUUUGUUGGGGUUGCUGGGGUUUGGAGUUUUAGGGUGUGGAGGAGGAAGAGAAGAGGAGGAGGAGGAGGAGGAACGAAGAGGUUUACGGGUCAAGAUGGUGGGCUUUCACCCGGCCCGUAUAAAGAUCUCGGAUCCGCAAGCUUUAGGUCCAUUGAGAUGGGAAAUAAUGGUAGAUAG